AUGGCUGGUCCAGGUGGUGGUCCUCCGCGCAAGAGCCAUACCAAGUCACGGAAUGGCUGCAAGACCUGCAAGAGAAGACACAUUCGAUGCGACGAGACAUUCCCGCAAUGUCGCAAUUGCACCAAACACAACUGUCGCUGUGACUAUCAAGAUAUGUCCUCGGCGCAGGGCAGUCCCCCCACCUCACGGCGGGGUCCCGAUCUGCUCAUGUCGCCGGAGAUUGAGUUGGAGAUUGAGAACUGGCACCAAACUGGCGUCCCUCCAUACCCAGAGCUUAUGCAGUGCCCGCAAUCCGGCUGGUCAAAGCUAUCUCGUUCGGAUCUGCGCUUGAUUCACCACAUAAUCGGCCUGUCAAUCGACCUACAUCGCCGCCAGUUGAGCAACUGUACCGUGUGGGCGCAGAAGAUGCCUAAUUUCCUCGCUAUUGCGCUUUCGAACGACUUCGUUAUGAACUCCAUUCUGGCCUUGUCGUCAUUCCACUUGGCAUUCCUCACGCGCGACCAGGAGACAAAGCAGCUGGCGUAUCAACAUAAAGUCACCGCUCUUCGGGGCCUUCAGACAGCACUCGGAGCUUUUUCAAAAGAUAAUUGUGAGGCUAUUCUGGCAGCAUCUAUCUUGCUCUCCUGGCAAGCGACUGAGCGUCAAAGCUGGGUUUCUCUGCAACAGGGUAUCUCAAGCGUUCUCGAGUCGAUGCACCCCUAUUGGAAGCAAGAGUCCGAACUGGCUCAGCUUGUCGAGAAUCACCGUGCUUUGAGCGCUGCGGACUAUUCGUUGACUAAUGAGGAGGACUAUGCACAGCUGGAUCGGACUGUCCGCGCGCUGAAAGCCGUGCAGAAAGGAGUGUCACACAACCAAGAGCACUCUCAACGCCUAGGAGAGUUGAUCGACUUCGUGCAACAGUUCCGCCAAGAUUUCCCCACUCUGACGUCCGAACAGUCCUUCGAGCGGAUUCAAGGCUUGCGCCGCUGGCUCUUCUGGUUGCCGGCCUCGAUGCUUCGCGGUAGUGACUCUGAUCUUGGUGCUCUCGCCAUUCUAUCCCAGUUCUUCGCCGUCGGUGUCGCGCUUGAUCGCUUCUAUCCCGAAAUGGGAGGCGCAUAUUUGGGCGCUCUAUCCAUCGGUCCCAUUGAGGAAAUGUACCGUAUUCUGGCGACAAACAGCGCGACUGAUCCUUUUAACCUCGAGCUGCGUCAGGCUAUGAGUCUGAUGGACUUGCCGCGUCAUACUGUCGCGAGAUAUCGCAGCCGUCUUGGCUGGUCUCCCAGCUCCUCUGUCGAGCACUACUCCCCCGGCCCGCCAAGUCCAUAUCACGCUCUACCCGAGUAUCCUCUUGCAUCUUCCUCAUCGCCCGCAUCUGCCUCUCCCUCAUAUGCCGCAUAUACUCCCCCUCUCCAAUCUCCUCCCGCCGUUACUGUUGCCGGCUCUCCCUUCCACCUCGACGGCUACGUUGCUGCCGCUCCUUCACACGCGCUAUACCCUCCUUCACCACAACUUCUUGAUACCCAUGACCCGCAACUUCGUCUCUCCAAUAUGAGCCACACAGCCAUUCCACACUCUUCAGCAUAUACCCCUCCUUAUGGCAGCGAUGUCCUCUGCGCUGACAUGCCUCGUGCAGGCAGCACGCUAGGCCUGAACAUGGAGGUCUACGCCCAAACACAUUCAUUCGAAAUGCCAGGAAUGGUAGCCCCCGAAGCAUGCUGGACGUGA